ACCAUUUUUCGGGGAAGUUUGAGGCUGACAAAAUUGAGGAAACAAAAACGGUUGAGUGAUCAGAGAACUCUGAUGAAACAAUUCUAUCAUUUGUGGUUGUUAGGACAUGUUUGCAAUGAGACAUUUCAGCGGAGCAGAAAAUAUUGAUUGAAAGAUUUCAUAAUUUAUCGGAACACACCAACAAAGACAACCGACAUUCUGUUGCCCAUUCGAAUAUUUUCGCGGCUGUUUAUUUAUUCUUGUAUAUUCAUAGGCAUAGGCGAAUAGACUAAUUACUGAAGAGGUUGACCUAACCGUGCCACUUCCAACUUUUUCCGCAUGAAGGUAUCGUUCUUUCGCUUCUUUCGCAAAGCUGCAUCAGACGAGUUGCCUCGCAUGAGCCAACUCGGGGCGAGGGUUCUGCUCUGCCAGCUCGGGGAAUCAGGAUGAGAAAACCCAAAGUUGGACGAAUGUUUCUGGCGACAUGCGUUGGGUCACUUUUCAUGGUCAUAUUGUACUUUCAGAACAUCACAAGGCCAGCUGUAGAGCAGUCUGGGGGGAAGGGCAGCACCCCAGGGAAGACCAGGAGAAGUCCACUACAGACCCUCUACAACGGAGACCAGUUGGAUUUGUCUGCAGUGCAGACGUCUCUGCGUGGUCGGCGAGAGCUGCUGGAGGAGGCGUGUCUCACCCACACCAAGAAGCGGCGGGUGUUGACCCCAGAUGACCUCCGCCACCUCAUCGUGGACGAUAAGCACGGCCUGCUGUACUGCUACGUCCCCAAGGUGGCCUGCACCAACUGGAAACGUGUCUUCAUGGUCCUGACGGGGGACGGACGCUACCGUGAGCCCCUAGCCAUCCCCGCCAACGAGGCCCACGUGGCGGGCAACCUGCGCACACUUUCAGAGUACUCCACCUCUGAGAUCAACCGCCGUCUGCGCAGCUACCUGAAAUUCAUCUUUGUGCGGGAGCCCUUCGAGAGGCUAGUGUCGGCCUACCGCAACAAGUUCACCCGCAGCUACAACACGGCCUUCCACAAGCGCUACGGCACCAAGAUCAUCCGCCGGCACCGGCCCCACCCCCAGCCGGAGGCACUGGAGCAGGGAAACGACGUCACCUUCCAGGAAUUUGUGUACUACCUGGUGGAUCCCCGCACACAGAGAGAGGAGCCCUUCAACGAGCACUGGGAGCGGAUCCACUCACUGUGCCACCCCUGCCUCAUCCACUACGAUGUGGUGGGGAAGUAUGAGACUCUGGAGCAGGACUCCCGCUCUGUGCUGCGGCUGGCCGGCGCUGACGGGGAGGUCCACUUCCCUACCUCAGGCAAGAGAACCAGGACCAACGGGGACAUGGCAGCUCAGUUCUUCCAAAACGUCAGCCCCUUUUACCAAAAGAAGCUGUACAACCUUUACCGCAUGGACUUCCUGCUCUUCAAUUACUCCAUCCCAGAGUACUUGAAGACUAGAUGAGGGCAGCUCUCUCCAUGUAGGUUGGAGAUUUAGUAAUGACUCUGUUUGGCUCUGUAAUCUUGGUGUGUACAGCUUGUAAUUGAUGUUCCAGAUGUUAUUUAUAAGUGCCUUGCCAGUGGGGGGAAUCACUGCAUUGUCAGAUGUAAGAAGUUUAUGGGCAUGGGGGCUUGACUUUGGAGGCGCCGUAUUUGCUUUAAUCCUCCUCAUGUGGCCUAGAUAAGAGAGAAGCAGGUUCUUCUUUUACAAAUCAAUGUGUCGAGGGUUGUAAAGAACUCGUUGUGUGUAUCACAGAAUCCCUCUACUAUGCCUUCCUCUUAAUUUAUACAAUUGUACGAGUAUUUAUUGUCAAUACAGACUGAGUCAUGGACAGAGCGAA